AUGGUCGGAGUUCCGGGUCGUUCAAAAGCUUGCCAUACCUGCAAGAGUCGUAAGCUCGGGUGUGAUCAACUUCGCCCGUGGUGUCGCCGAUGCACCCGGGCUGGACUCAGCUGUGGAGGGUAUGAUAGGUAUCCCAUCUUCGUCAACAGCACCCAAGAUGGAAACAGCGCUCUAUCGGCUAGAUCAUACUCGCCACGUCAUGCCUCAGACCAGACUGCGGUAUCAACGCCUUUGCUUGACCUAUCGCUUGAACGCACAGCAGCAGAGUCAAAGUGUCUGUUCCUCUACUGGCGCUUCCUACUCCCUAAUAAUGGACAGCUGUUCCCCCUGCAGGCCAACAGGUAUUCGACUACAGGGUGGAUACAGAUCGUGCAAGACUUGGCCCAAAACGAUGCCUGCGUUCGUACUGGGCUUCUCGCCAAUGCAUUGGCAUUGGUUGGGCAGAAAACGGAACAGUUGUCCGUCGUUAUGGAGGCAUUUAAUAUGUACACCAAAGCGCUGCAGACACUCGCUCGAUCUUUACGCCAUAUCAAACCAGAAGAGACGACAGAGGACCCUAGGUUGAUGACAUCGGCGCUUCUGGCGGCAUUUGAGCUACUUCAGGUAUCCGAUGGCCGUCAGUCUUGGCUCCAUGGAAUGACCUGGCUUCGUCACUCGGCAGGGCAAAAAGCCAUUAUCCUUGCCAGAGGCCCAGAGAGCUACAAAAACGGUCUCGCUCACCAACUAUUUGUAGACGGCCGCCUACAUCUGAUAUACCCGGACAUUCACGAACGUAAACGGUCGGUAUUUAAUACCCCAGGGUGGAAGUCCAUACCAUGGUCCACGCUGCCAAAGAAUCCAAAGGACGAGUUGGUGGACAUACUUCUGGAGAUUCCAGGUCUGCUGGAAGAUCUUGAGCGUAAGCCUGCACAUGAGACGCAGCAGGGGUCAUUGUAUGCGCAACUGCAGGAAAGAUGCCGUAUUUGCGAUGAAAGUCUACGCAACUGGUCCACUUCUUCCGGCCAAGCUAGUGUCAGUUUCGCCGAAGGGUUAAUAUCCACCCCUGCAACCCAGGUCUCCUCUCUGUCCUCAGAAGACUUCGCCAUGGCUCAUUUGGGUAUGAUCUACUGGGCGACUUGCAGCCUUCUGUACCGAGUCAUGGCUGACGACACUAAUACCGGGCUUCACUGCCGUAAAAUCUUGCUCAUGGUCCCCUUCUUCCAGAGGCCCGAUAUGGGUGCCAUCUUCAUCAACUUUGUGGGGUUUCCAGUUAGCGUUGUCGUAAGCUUUAUCGCACGACAAGAGAAUCAUGCUGCCUUUGAGGCGCUGAAAGAAUUACUCUACAAGAUAUUUAUGGACCCAAAUCGUGGCAGCCAGCUACGGGCAUUUUAUGAGACGUGGACAUGGCAGAGCACUAAUGAGACACGAGUGGUCAUGAAUAAAACGAAAGCAAGGACUAAGUAA